AUGAAACAAGAUUUAACGUUCACUAACAUUUGUUAUUCACUUUAUGUGCGACCAACUUUAAAUAUUAAUGAUAAUUUUAAUCAGUUCAAUGUUUGCAAUGGGAAAAGCGAAUUUACUGUCAUUUUCUUAUUACCUAGAACAAAUUAUACGGUAUAUCUUAAGUCGUUUGAUACUAAUUAUGGUAUAUACAGUGAUGCAACGAAAUCUUUUCUAAUCUAUACAACAUAUCCAGCAUGUAUUCAACCACCAGUCAAUUUAACAUUUUCUGAAAUUAAUAUUUAUGGAUUUACUGUACAUUGGGAUCAUGCAUUAGAAGAGCAUUCAUUCGAUAAUAACAACUAUUAUUAUGUCUUCAUAAAAGCUUCGCACAAUCAUACAAACAAACCAAUGAAAUUCAAUGCUGGUCAAUCAGCCACAAGUUUUCAUAUUUUUAGUCUUUCACCGGAUACAUGGUAUAGUGUAUCUGUACAAUGCAUAGAUACUACAUACCAUAAUAGUAUCGAAUCAGAAGAGAUUUUUGUACAUACAUAUUCCGAGACUGUUGAAUGUGACAGUCUUAAUCAGCUGACGAGUCUGAUCCUACAAGUUCCACCAGAACAACAAACAACUCAUAUUCAACAAGACAGUAUGAUUAUUUUGUAUUUACCGUUAUCUCGGUUAAAUUGUUUCAUUUCAACAGUUUAUGUGGUUUCACUUGUAAUAAAACCAACUAGGGAAAAUCAUCAUGAUGAAAUUAUUUGUUCUGAAGGUUGUACAAAGAAAAUGCACUACAAUGACAUUACGGAUAUUUAUUUAGUUGAGUCGGUAAGUCGGGUGUGA